UCUGAGAUAGAAAACGUACAAAAGUUGAGCUGCUUUGGUUUCUCUACAAAAACCUCUGGAAAGCCACCGUCUUUGUGGUUUGCGCACAUAAACCCGCGAGAUAAAAGAGAAAUAACAAGAGUCCAAGGCAAUAAUGAGGUUGCUAUUUGUCCUGCUCUGUGCUGUAAUGCUCACGAGCUGUGCUGCUGCUGCCGGCGGAAGCGGCUUCGAGUUUUUACAUGAUCUCGUCAGAAGAGACUUUUUUGGAAAGCGGGCGGAAACGACCUCGUCGUCGACUAGAACAACGUCUUCGACCACCUCCUCAAGGUCUUCUUCCUCCUCGUCCAAGUCCUCUUCCUCAUCAAAAUCCUCCUCAUCAUCGAAGUCCUCCUCCUCGACAACCACAACAGCUUCCUCUUCUGAAAAAUCCUCCUCAUCAUCCGCCAGCAGCGGCUCGCGCUCGUCUACAGUAACAGAGACCUCCUCGUCAACUAAAACCAGCAGCAAGUCAUCAUCAACGACCAGUCAUUCCUCAUCCAAAUCAAGCUCUUCUAGCAAAUCCUCCACGACAUCUUCCUCGAUCUCGAUCAACCCCGUCGACCCCGCUGGUGGUAUCUCUUUGCUGACUCCAGCCACAACCGACAGCACGACAUACGUCAAGAUUGGCGGCAAUGCGACUUUUUCGUGGACAUACACAAGUCUGUCUGUCUCGCCUUCCUACGUCAACGUCGAGGCCUACUGCAGCAUGAACGACUACUCGUACCCGAUCGCACUUAAUCUCUCGAUCGACGAUACUGAGGUCAUUUGGGAUACGGCAGAGUACGAAGCUAAUGCAACAAUCCCGCUACUAACGGCAAUGUAUACCCUAAAUAUCUACAACUCCAGUGGCUCGACCGACGACGUCGCGAGUGCGGGCUACCUCUCUCCUUACGACAGCUUUGUCUUUGGUGUAUAUAGCCCGCAGUCGUACGCUUCUCUCGGAAAUGGAAGUGGAUCUGCUUACAACUACAGCGGAGCUAUGUCGAUAAUUGAGAAGAACGUGCUGAGAUCCACUUUGCUUUUGGCAGUCGUCAGUAGUGUAUUGACUACUCUGUUUAUGUGGCGAUAAAUAUGGGAAUAUUCGAGAUAUCCAUCUGAUUCCAUGUUGGCGAUGUCAUGACAAUAUUGUAUUCAUUUUUAUUUUGCAUUCCUCGUUGGUACUUAUGAUUUGGUUAAUGAAUGAGUUUAAUAAACUGUGUAAACAUAUAAACUAUGAGUAGUCGUGCAGUAAGUAAUAUUUGAAGCUGUGUA